AUGAAGAGAUAUCAGCAACACACACAUGCAAGCUGGCACCGAGCCAACGCAGGCAAGCUCGAGUGCCCAUGGUGUCUUGAAAACCCUUCUUUGCAAGACAAUGCCGGUCCCCCAAGCCGACCGCAGUCCAAACUGCGUACGCGGGUGCCAACUCGCAAUGGGCACAGCAGAAUGGGGACUGUCUCGCCUAGUCCUUCUGUUCGGACUGAGCAACCUGUGAAACAUAAACAUGAAUCUGAAAACGAACACGAACACUAUGAUCAUCAUUCUUUCACUGCCGAUGGUCAAGUCGCCGAUGCUCAGGUUGAAAGUCAAAAUCACACCGCCGACUCUGCUGAUGCUGAUGCCGCGCAUGUUGAGAAGGACGUCGCCUCGAACGUGGAAAAUGCUAGUCAUGUUCAUGAGCAGGAUGGGCAGAGCUUGAAUGGGGCACAGGACGAUAGUGCUCUUGUUGCAGACCGCCAGUUCUCUCCGGAGAUAUCCGAUGACCGGACAACUUCUGAGCAGUGA